AUGUCCAGCUCUUCACAAGCAGCAGCUACAACAUCACCUCCACAAGAUGCCGCGGCAUCAUCAGCUCAGCGCACCGAGGAAGCGAGAGCAGCGUUCACAGCCUCGUUGAACGCUGUGGGUUCUACCAUUGAUGCAGAGUUGCAAGCGCGAGCGAAGAACAUACAUGCCAACUCCAAGGCGCUAACAAAACAGGAAGAGGAGUUACGCAAGCAGACCAAAGCUUUGUCGAAGGAGAAUGACUCCCUGCAGAAAUUGGUUGACAAGGCGAAUAAGGAAUUUCAGAGCCUUGGAGAUUUGGAUGCUUUAAUGGCAGACCUCGAUGCUGACCUUGCCAUGAUUGAAGACACAAUUCGAUUUGCUGAAGAGAGUGACAAGGAGGAAGAGGAAAGGGAUGAGCGAAAUCAAGCCCCUAUCUCUUCCGAUAGUACAACUCAAGGGAGAUGA